ACCUUCACAAUGCUCCAACAUUUCCCAGUCCUGUUUUUUCUCAACCUCAUAACUUCACAGAGAUGAGUUUUAUCACAGAGACUGUUAUUGCUCCUCUCAGGAGCAGAACAGGAUCUUGCAGACAGGCUUUAAAAUCUGUCCUGCUAUACCUCUGGGAUGUUUACUCUGCACCUACACCUGCUGGCAGAGACGUCCUGACUCUGCUGUCCCUCUGUCUCACACUCGCCAUCAUUACCGGUGGCCUGCUGCAUCACUGGCUGUCCAAGACUCUGAGAUAUGACCUUGAAGCGUCUGUUCAGACUGUCUGCAUCUACAGCGUGGCUGUGUUUCUGGUCUCAUUCCUGUGUCACCCUCUGCGCUGUGUGCUGACCAUGACUCUGCCCACUUUCUGUACCAGACAGGGACGCAAACUGCUCAUCUCGGCCUCUGUCAUGAUUUUAGUGGUGAACGUCAUCCCUAAUAUCACGGUGAACGUAGGGGCGGUGGCGCGCAUCCUCAAGUGCACUGCCGAGGGAUUUACGAAGACUUUGUUAAACUCUUCUGAACCCUUGAACAACGUGAAGCGAGACCUUGUUGAAGAAACCAUCAAAGUGAAGAGGGAAGACUUGAGCAUUGUCACUAAUUUAAGGAAGUUGGAUCACUUCACACGUGUUGAUGUGUCAGAAGUUAAAAGCAGGUUUAACAAAAUGAUUGGGCAGAUAGAGGUCAACUUCUCGCAUGCCAGGAGCCUGCUAAAAGAGUGCAAACUGCUGUCCAACCGGAUUCUUGCUGCCAUAUUUGUUGCUUUACUAAUCUUUGAAUCCGCUCGCUACUUGAAAUCUUACCUGACCUCAGUUCAGUUUGACAAUACCUACAUCUCCAAAGAGCUCCUGAAAAAAGCGACUCCUGCUGGUGAUAAAAGACCAGCUAAAAAUAAAAUCAGUCCUACAAGCUGUAAAAUAACAAGUCAGGAAUGUACCUCGUGCUUCAUUUCACUGGUUGUGGUGACGUUAUAUUUCAUUGCAAUAACUUCAAUAGUAGCUUUGGAUCAUGUUGUAUAUCACAUAGUUCAGGUGACUGUGCCCUGGUUACUGGAUUUUCCACCUACAUCUGCCAGCAUAAGUGUCAAUUAUAAGGUUCGGUGGUUCCCCCCUGCAUUCUGCAUUAUCCCACAAUCCUGCAUCACACGGGAGCUGACAAACUUCCACAGGGAUUACAAAUGGGCCUUCAGCCCCGAGCCAUCGAUCUGUGAUGUGACAACCUCAUCUCCAAACCUGGGAGUCGCACUCCUGCUGGGAUGUCUCUGGCUGAUGAGCUACUCUCUGGUGUUCCUCGAGGUUUAUGCCGGGCGGCUGCGCAGGAAAAUCUCUGCAUCCUUUUUCAGAAAGCAGGAGGAGAGGAGGAUGGCUUAUGUGAUGAGAAAAAUGCAAGUGAAGCAGGAUAAAGCAGAGCGAAAAGAGACUGUUUCUGUUGAGCUUGCAUGUGGGUGAAGUUGUCACUGUAAAUGCAGAGGCUGUCUCAUUUUUCUGAAAGUGUUUUUGGUCUUGCUUGCAACACUUAGUCAGUCGCCACCAUGAGGUUAAUACUUUGGUUUGUAGAGAAUUGUUGAUGCAACUAUUGGAUGGAUUACCAUGAAAUUUGAUACAGAUAUUCUUAUUAACAUGCAGCACCACCAGCCAAAGUCAGAGUUUUUCCUCAUCCAGUGAAAUCUCAGCAUCUACUUGACGUAUUGGCACAGAGA